AUGUUUUCAUCAAUUUCGGUUUCUCUUUAAGAUUUAAGAGGAUAAAGAAUCGUUUCUACUAAUGGUAUUUCUAAUUAUAGAGAUUUUCAACGAUUACCAAUAACUAAAACCAAUUAUAAGAGAUAGUACUUAAAGGGAGCAUCAAAUAGAGUUAAGUCACUUAAAGAGGAAUGUAAUUUUGUUUAAUUGUGCAGCAAUAGAAAAGAUAAUGAAAAGUUGUUUAAAUUUAAUCAACAAGGUUAACUCUUAAAUUAUAGGAAUUUUCAUCUUCAUAAAUAAUACCCACUCACUUCAAGAGAAUAAUAGAAUGAUUUGGAGAGCUUGAAUAAAAUUAAUUGUGAAAAAUAAGUAUUGAAAAACUCAUCAUUGAAGUUGGUUACGGAUUCUAAUAAUCAAUUAAUUGAAUUAGUAUAUUCAGCAGCACCAGUUAUAUAAAAAAAUAAAAAAACUAAUUCUAUUUCUAAUGUAUAAAAAGUAGAAGAAAGACCUUAUAAUAUUAAUAAUGUUACUACUAAGAGAAUAUCAUCAGCAAAUAAACAUAUUCAAUUAAUAAUUUCAUCAACAAAUAAUAAAGAUGACUUAUUAAUUAGAAGUAGUCAAUCAACUUAAAAUUGUUUAUAAAAGGUGUUAACAAAGGAAAAUAAGUUAGAUAGAAGUUUGAAGGUUAAGAUGCCAACAACUUUUGAUGGAACAAAGAAAUAUCUAAAACAAUUUUUAUGA